AUGGAACUAGAGCUAGCUGCCAACAGAAGUGUAUAUAGUACACAUCCUUGUUAUGAAUCAUAUGACUCAUUUUACAAAUUCUCAAGUAACCCCUCUUUUGCUUGUGUGGCAUUGUAUGUUUUCCUCAGCUCACUCUCUCUCAUAACCGUAUGUGGUAAUCUCCUUGUAAUUAUAUCAAUAAUUUACUUCAAACAGCUCCACACCCCUAACAACUACCUUGUUCUCUCCCUUGCUGUGGCCGACCUGCUUGUCGGAGUUUUAGUCUUCCCCUUCAGCAUGACAUUCACUGUCACUUCAUGUUGGUAUGAUGAAGAUUUGUUUUGUAAAGUACGAGGCGUCUUUGAUGUAACACUGAGCACUGCUUCUAUUUUGAACCUAUGUUGCAUUUCUAUUGAUAGAUAUUAUGCCGUGUGUAAGCCUCUGACUUACAAAAGUACAAUAACUGAUCGCAUCACUGCAAUGAUGGUUCUUGUAUGCUGGGGUACCGCUGCUUCAAUUGGAAUUGGGAUCGUCGUUGCAGGAUUCAAUCAAGGAAAAUGUGAAGGGAAUUGUGUAAUUGAUGCUUUAAUAUCAACCACAUUGGCAUGUAUUUUUGCAUUCUAUAUUCCAGUCAUUGUAAUGCUUGCCAUCUACCUAAAGAUUUUCCUUGUUGCACAGAGUCAAUUAAACAGCAUCCACAGUACUGCCUGUCGAAGCAGAAAGCCCACUGCAGUCGUUAGUAAGAUGGAAAGAAAAGCAACAAAAACGCUUGCUGUUGUAAUGGGGGUUUUUCUCUCAUGUUGGAGCCCUUACUUUCUUUGCAUCAUAUUCCAGCCUUUAACAUAUGACGUGACCCCAAUUGCUGCAAUUGAAACUCUAAAUUGGCUAGCUUUGUCAAAUUCUAUGUUGAAUCCCUUUAUAUAUGCUUUCUUUUACAGCUGGUUUAGAUCAGCUGUCAGAAUGAUGAUUUCUGGAAAGAUUUUUCAGGGUGACUUUGCAAACGCACCGCUGUUUUAACAUAAUCUUUUACUACACA